AUGGCGCUCAGCAGUGGUGCCACUCUAGCCUUAGCAAUCAUUGCAGUGAUCACGGCUGGCAUAAUAACAGUGGUGGCUAUAGUUGCGAUAUACCAAUGCGCCAGAGCCAAGUACAGCAUGGAAAGGUAUUUGCAGAUGCAGCAGGAUGGCAGGGGUGAUCGCCGGCACCCAUCCAUCGCCUACCGUGACGGAGGGCACACGCCGAGGGUCGUCGACGAGGGCCACGUUGAGAUGGGCAACAUGAGCUUCUUCAUCGAGGGCGUCCAGAACGAGCGGCCCGUUCGGUUCAGCUCGCAGCAGCUGCGGGGCUUCACCCAGGGGUUCGCUCACAAGGUCGGCUCCGGCGGCUUCGGCGUGGUGUACAGGGCCCGGUUCCCCAACGGCACGCCCGUGGCCGUGAAGGUGCUCAACAGCACGCUCGGGAGGCGCGCGGAGGAGCAGUUCAUGGCGGAGGCGCUCGUGUAUGAGUACAUGGAGAACGGCUCGCUGGACCGGCACCUGUUCGGGUCGCCGGUGCCGGAGGCCCGUGCCAUCGGGUUCGAGAAGCUCCACGACAUCGCCGUCGGGACGGCCAAGGCGGUGCGGUACCUGCACGAGGAGUGCCAGCACCGGAUCAUCCACUACGACAUCAAGCCGGAGAACGUGCUGCUCGGGGCCGACAUGGCGCCCAAGGUGUCCGACUUCGGGCUCGCCAAGCUGUGCGACAGGGAGGACACCCACCUGACCAUCACGGGCGCGCGGGGCACGCCCGGGUACGCAGCGCCGGAGCUGUGGAUGCCGCUGCCGGUGACGCACAAGUGCGACGUGUACAGCUACGGGAUGCUGCUGUUCGAGAUGCUGGGGCGGCGGCGGAACCUGGAGCUCGGGCUGCACAGCCGCGCUGAGAGCCAGGAGUGGUACCCGCGGUGGGUGUGGCACCGGUUCGAGGCCGGCGAGAUGGACGCCGUGCUGGCGCGCGCGAUGGCCGCGGGGGAGCUGGACGCCACGGAGAAGGCGGCGAGGAUGUGCAAGGUGGCUCUGUGGUGCGUGCAGUACCGGCCGGAGGACAGGCCAUCCAUGGGCAACGUGGUGCGGAUGCUGGAGGGGGAGGAGCAGAUCGCCUCGCCGGGCAACCCGUUCGCGCACCUCGCGGCAUACAGCGUCGGCGCAACGCUGUCCGAUGACACCACCACAGAAUCCCACGGUUCUUCAGCUUUCACCGGCAGGUAG